AUAAAGAUCCCUUGCACUUCUCACUGGUCCUCUCUCAAAAACAGGCAAGCUGAUUUUUUUCCUAAGGUAAACAAGCAGAAAGCUUAACUCAUGCAGGUUGCCUUUAUACAUCAAAGAAAGAGACAAACCCCAGUAAGAUUCGUUGUAGGACAACUUUAAUCCCAUCUGGCUAAAAAUACAUACAUUUAUAAAGUUUCCUUGUCUGUUACAAAUGUCUUGGCUUAAAAUUGAAGUUUUAAGUUCAAUGGCACUACUUACAGUGUUUUGCUUCUCCUGUUGUUGUUUUGAUACUGGAAAUGGCAGCUUGACAAAUCCAAUUUCACAUCAUGAUUCUCACAAUUUAACCCCUAAUGAUACUGUUAAAAUAGCAAACACUGCAGGGGAAACAUUGUUUAAAAACUCCCUCCCUUGGUGUUCAAAUAUAUAGGGAAACAUUUGUUUUACGUAUGGUAAAAGCUUACUUACAAAACCUAGAUAUGGGGCCAAAUUCGACCUGACAAUGUCCCAAUUACUAAACCCAUGGAGGUACAAAUAUCUUUACUGCAUGGUUUUAAAUCAGUAUGAGAAAGGUGACUUUAGUUCCUCUUCAGUAUUGAUAGAUAGGUAGUGGUGGUCUCAGAGUGGAUAAUGUCAACAUCACUAUAAAAUACUAGACCCAGUGAUUUUUAGCAUUCCAUUAGCAGGAAAAUGGUGCAACUAUUAGUCCUAAAUCUCAGAGCAAUACAGUCCCUGAUAGGGAUAUGGCCAAAAGGAUCCUUACUUUUCAAACUUCCUGUGUGAUUGUUAAAAGCUGUUCCUCUUGCAUUUGGUACCCUCCAACCUCCUGUAGUGCCAAUGGGGACUAGGAAGUACUCUUACAGCUCUGUUGAUUAUGGUCUCUCGCCAUUAUAGCUUUGACCAAUACCCCAUUUCAAGUCUCUUGUAAGGAAGUGAAAUGUCAAGUUUAAUUUCUCAAGUGAUCAGUCAUAGUUACCAAACAAUGCAUUAAAGUAAAGAGUAUAUUCUUAAACUGUCCAGGAUGCAUUAAGAUCCUUAGUUUCACCACAUAUACUGAGAAAAUCUGUCAACUCUCUGCUAGUAAGGUCUGCCUCCUUUGCUUCGUGGCUUCUUUUAGAAGAAUGAGGCCUGUGUUCUCUAGUGCAGAGAGGAAUUAAGGAACAGACUUAAACGAACUAACUCAGGAGGCUGUAGCUAGUCCCAACAACAAAUGAAGACAGAUUUUCCUUAAUCUUAAGCUAUGCAUCAUCCUGACGGAGAAAGGAAGGGGGCAGAGGCAGAGAAUCAGCCAACAGCAACGAAGGAGGAGGAACAGCAACCCAUACCAGCCCCUGAUGGAGGAUGGGGAUGGAUGAUAGUGCUUCACUUCUUUCUGGUAAAUGUGCUUGUGAUGGGAAUGCUGAAAACCUUUGGAAUUUUCUUUGUGGUCUUUCAAGAAGAGGUGGGAGGCUCUUCAGAACAAAUCAGUUGGAUCGGCUCCAUCAUGUCCUCUCUUCGCUUCUCAGCAGGUCCACUGGUCACUAUAGCCUGUGGGAAGCUGGGGGACCAGCUGACUUCCAUCAUUGGGGCAGGCCUAGUUAGCAGUGGUUGUCUGAUCAGUACACAGGCCACUAGUAUCUCCUUCCUGUGUGUGUCUAUGGGACUUCUAUUGGGGCUGGGCUUUGCUUGCUUGUAUCAAGCAGCUGCUGUGAUGACUGCUAGGUACUUUAAAAAGCGACUGGCUCUAUCCAAUGCACUUGCUCGCUCAGGAAUGGGACUGACAUUUAUACUAGCACCUUUCACUCAACUUCUGAUAGAUUUUUAUGGUUGGCAAGGUACCCUACUGAUCUUUGGAGGAAUCAUGUUAAACCUUGUGCCUUCUAGUAUGUUACUGCAACCUCUUAACAUCAAGAAUUUCCAAGCCUUUUCUGGUAGAAAUGUAGACAGUGGAUCAUUAACACAAAGUAAACAUCCAGCAACUCUUACAAGCCACCUAGAUGAAAUCAGUACCACAGAAAUAGUGUUUAAUACUAGACUGGAUUCUCCUAUGCAAGAUUCCACUGUCACAAACAGGCUCCAGUCAGCUGGAACGUUAGGAUCACUAGUUCCAGUGAACUCUGCUGGUUUGGAAGGGUCUGAGAGAGAAACCUCCAACCGCUACGCUCCUGGUGGAGACAGUGACUGCAGCUGUAACAACCUUCCACUGCAAAAGGAAUGGAAUUCCCAGUCACGGCCAGUUCCCUCGAGGCAGCCUCUUCUUGAUUUCUCACUGCUGAAAGAUCCCUUCUUCUGUAUUUUUGCCUGGUCAUUUUUGUUCAGCCAACUGGCCUACUUCAUUCCUACCUUUCACCUGGCAGCAAGAGCCAAAACCUUGGGCAUAGACAGCAUGGAUGCCUCUUACCUCAUUUCAGUGGCUGGGAUUAUAGAGACAGUCAGCCAAUUGCUUUCUGGCUGGAUCGCUGAUCAGAACUGGAUCAAGAAAUAUUAUUACCAUAAGACUUACCUUAUUCUGUGUGGCAUCACUAACCUGCUGGGUCCUCUUGCCACAUCCUUCCCAUUACUUAUGGUCUACACAGUAAGCUUUGCCAUUUUCUGUGGAGGAUACCUGGCUCUGCUGCUCCCUGUGCUG